GUAUUAUACGUCCUUGGACUUUUAAUAAUAUCCAUGUAGCUAACGUUAGUUUGAAGCCUGGAUACUUUCGUUACAAUAACUUCCAGUGAACUUGCCAGCUAAAGCUAGUUAACGUUAGCAGACGUUGGCUAGCUAGCUAUCAUGUUUUAGCCAACAACGUUAAGGCACUAUAGCAUAUUCGUAGACAGUAUUAUAGUGCAAGGACUGACAUUGGAUACACAGUAGCUCAGGACAAUGGAUGUUUAUAGGAAAAGUUACUUUGAAAAACAUGUUUGACCGCCCAAAGAUCGGCGGCCUCGCAUGACAAGUGCCACACUAACGUUAUUCAUCCAGUUCAACCUACAAUCGAAGCAAACUUUUGUAACCUCUCUAAACAUCUCUGCUGCAGUCUGUACUUUUGUUUAGUUGGCUAACAACAAACACUGGGAAGCUGUAGCCUAAGUGGGCAACCGUAUAGCUAGCUAGUUGAGUUGGUUAUAUCUAGGCAACGGUAACUUAUCCGUAGCUCAAGUAUUUAAGUUUGCUAGCAUAUGUCUCAGUAGUUGAGGCCUUGGUGUCAGGAUGUCUGACGAUCUGAUGAAGAAGAUGCUCCGGGCUGUCCUCCAGGCCAAUAAGAACGGGGUGUCCAUCACGCGGUUGCAGGGGGAAUACAGGUCGCUGACGGGGGAGUUCAUCCCUGACCGAAAGAUGGGUUACCCAUCACUGGAGUGCUUCCUCCGCAGUAUCCCCUCCGUGGUCAGGAUAGAGAAUCGCAUGGGGGAGAUAAUGUGCUUUGCUGCAGUCUGUCAAGAAACGGCCCACAUCGCUCAGCUGGUCGCCCGUCAGAAGUCCAGCAAGCGGGCACCUGGCAGAUCCCAGAUGCUGAACUGUCGGAUGAGGUCGAAAUUGGCUUCAAAUUUUGUGUUCUAUGAGACGCCUCGGACGUCCCUGCGUCAGCCCGACCGUGCUCAAGUGCGCUCUGGCUGGAGCCAGCCUUACACCUCCAUGGGACCCUCACGGCCACGAAGCUACAACACCUGUGGAGGCUUCAGUGCUGGGGGAGACAUCAGGAAGAUGUACAGCCAGCAUGACGAGCGGGCCAACCCCCCUGCUCCGGCACCGCAGAGUCAGAACAGGGAGUCCAUCACUCAGGUGAAACCGAGUGAGAGACCAGUCAAGAAAUGUACCUUUUCUUCUAGACUGGUGAAAGAAGUCAACCAUCACAUUUCAAUUACCACCCAAAAAGCUCCUGCUCUCGCCAUUACCAUCAGUAACGUCUCUCCUCCGACGCCCAAAGCCUUUCAGCCGGGAGGCUACAACCCCCAGGUGGUGCAGAGUCAGAUCUCUGAGGUGCUGAAGAAGUACUGCAGUGGUCUGUGGCUCUCCAAGCUGCCCUCUGUGUACCGGGACAUGCACAAKCAGGACCUACCUGGCCAAGCAGUCAUAGACCUGGAGAACUGGACACACAUCUGCUCAGUUGAGAAGCCUGUUAGUACCAAUCGAGCAGAUAGGCUGGUCUACCCCCCUCAGCCCAAACCCCCCAGCCCUGCUCUCUCACCAGUCAAACCUCCAACGGCUCCUUAUACAGUAAAACCAGCCACAACCCUCCUAGCCAAACCCAUCACUACCGCUCCAGUCAAACCAGUCACUGCCAACCCAGUGAAACUGGCCCCUCUAUUCUUCUCACCGAGGAACCCCUCCUUGAACCAGAGUCAGACCUUGCCCACUCCACCGGCCCCCUCUUCGAAGCACUCCCCGACCCAUACCCCCACCUCUCCAACUGCCCCCUCUACCUUGUGGAAGCCCUCUCCUUCCCACCUACUCCCUAUGCCCACCUGUAAUUUGUGGAGACCCUCCCCUACUUCCACCUCGCCCUCAUGGAAGCCAACAACUAACCCCACCUCCCCUACUCCCACCUCCCCUACUCCUCCCUUCCUCACCUCCCCCACAUGGUUGGCCUCCCCUACCCCUACCCCCACCACCCCAAUCCCCCUCUCCCCUACAGCGGUGAGCAUCCCUGCGGAGGCGCGCCUCAGACUGAAGGAGCUGCUGUCUAAAUACAGCCAUGGCCUGUGGGCCCACGCCCUCCCCAAGCUCUACCAGGAGACCUUCAAGGUCCCCUUCCCAGAGGACAUCCUGGCCAACCUGUCUCUCUUACUAGACAUCUGCACCAUGGAGUACCCCAUGUCCGACAACAAGAAGAAGGCCAUCCUCUACGGCCCCACCGCCGAGUACAAGGCCAAGGUGAGCAGCACCCCGUCUUCUCCGUCGGGUUAUAAGCUCAACAGCACCCCCAUGGUUCCUCCUCUGCUGCUCCCCAAGGAGGAGUUCCCCUCAGUGCUGGUGGUGGAGGCAAGCAGCACCGACCAGGUCAUCCUCAGGUACAUAGGCGAGGGCUACUCUCAGGCCCUGGAGACAAUGGAGGAAUCCAUGAGUACCGUCUACAGCCAGCUCAGCGCUCAGAGGCUCCUCCCCUUCCCCUCGACUGGUGAACUGGCGGCCGUCAAAGUGGAGGUGGGCGAGGAGGUCGUCAGGGCCCAGGUCUGUGAGGUCAUGACCGACAAAGUCAAGGUGUACUACGUGGACCAUGGCUUCUCUGAGGUCCUCAGUAGAACCAAACUACUGGAGCUGCAGAAAGACUUCCUCAAGCUGCCCUUCCAGGCGACUACCUGUACACUAGCUGGUCUGGAGCAGUUCAGCUCGGAGCUCUCUGUGCUGCAAACGCUGGAGUCCCUGGCCGUAGGUAAGAUCCUCCUGGUGGAGUUGCUGCAGCACGACGCUGACCCGCCCCAGGUGGUGCUCUACGACACGUCGCACGAUGAUGAGGUCAACAUCAACGCUGUAUGCCUCAAGGCUCUGCAGGACAAGGCCAUGGAGAACCCUUUACAGGUCAACAGUACCUAUAUGAAUGUGUCUGUGACCAACGUGUGUUCUGACGGAACCAUCUUCUGCCAGCUGCCCUCCCGAGGUCGGGUCAAGCUCAACGAGAUCCUGGAUAAGAUCGAGGCCUUCUUCAUAACCCAGGUGACGUCAGAGUCUCUGGUGUCCAUUCCGUUCUGUGGGAAGUGCUGCCUGGCCCGGUACAAAGGAAGGUGGUCCAGAGUAGAGAUCACCAACCUCCAUGGUAGCAGAGUGCUAGAUAUCAAAUUUGUGGACCUGGGAGUCCCGGCCUCUGUAGAGGUCAUAGAGCUGAGAGAGAUCCCUCCUCCGUUCCUGCACGAGCUCAUGGUCAUCCCACCACAGGCGAUCAAGUGUUGUCUGGCAGAGCUGGAGGUGGGGGUCUGGACUCCUGAGGCUGUUCUCUGGCUUAGAGGUGCUGUACUCAACUCUAUGGACUGUAGCAUGAAGAUCUCGACGCUGGACGAGACCAAGCUGGUGCACAUCUACCUGUUUACCUCUGACUCCCAGGAUGUCACCAACAGUGUUAACCACCAGAUGGCGACCUCUGACCUAUGGAAGCAACCCGGACCCCAGAAGGACGGCCUCCCUACCCCCAGUUUCCUCGACACCGUGGUCACCAACAUGGUGGAUCAGCUUACCCUCGACAGCCCAGCCUGCAGCCCUAUCCCUGUCUCCACCAACACCCCCAGCCCUCUGGAUGGUGCCGGGGACACCUCAAACCCCACUUUGGUCACCUCCGCUUGGGGAGAGAAGCAGCUGGUGCUGCCCCCUCUCUUGGAGCUUCCCCAGGCGGGCCAGAACAUGGACGUCUACGUGUCUGUGGCCUGUCACCCGGGACACUUUGUGCUGCAGCCAUGGCAGGACCUGUACAAGCUGGUGGUGCUGAUGGGAGAGAUGGUCCUUUACUACAACCAGAGGGAGGAGACGCCGGGGCCCGGAGAUGUACAGAAAGGAGAGGUCUACGCCGCCAAGGUGGACCAUAAUUGGCACCGUGUGCUGGUGAGUAGGGUUCUGUCCAGUGGCCUGGUGUCUGUGUACGAGCUGGACUAUGGUAAACACGAACUGGUUAGCUGCACCCUGCUCCAGCCCCUCAUCGAGUCGUUCAGACAGCUGCCCUUCCAGGGAAUCACUGCACAACUGGCUGGUGUGGAGCAGUGUGUGUGGUCGGAGGCGGCGUCCAUUGUGUUCCGGAACCACGUAGAGAAGAAGCCCCUGGUGGCCCAGGUGGAGUGUGUGGUGGAGGCGGAGCUUCCCUGGGACAGGAAGGUGAUAGUGUACCUGGUGGACACUUCUCGGGAGGAGACAGACAUCUGGGUCCACAACAUCAUGGCUGACUUCCCAGAGGAACAGAGUACCGCCCCGUAGAACCGGACUGGACAGACAGACCACAUAAGACUGUUGAGGUAUCCUUAUACCACACAGGUAGAACUCUGCCAGAAUCUAUCACAUAUGCUGAAAUGAUGCACACCACUGGCUGUAGCAUAUAACUGUUGGUAUCCCGUUCACUUAUUCCACAGGUCACAAAGAUCUUCCAGAGUGUCUCAGGUCAUUGGGUAGCCUGCAUUUAUGCAGGCGCUCGGUCUAUUAGCUUAGCACUGUGUGAAGCAUAGAACUGUGAUUUUUCUUAUCGUAUGGGGGGACGAAUCUAUUUGCAGUGUUGUGUGUGUGUAUACAGAGAAAGGGAUUAAACAACAGUACCCACCCCAUCAAUCACCUUAGCAGGGUAUGUUGUUCAAGUGUAAUAUAAAAAAAGUGUCCUUUAUCGUUCAGUUUCAAUCUAUCAAAUACUUUGUGUAGAAAGUUCUUUACUGAUUUAGUUAUUAUUCAGCGCCAACUUUUGGUCUUGCCGUUUGUCCUUCUAACUUGUGAUUUGUUUGCCUUUUACUUAAAUUAUUAUUUAAGUUUAUAUUUCAGUCAAUUGUAUGUAAUUCGUUGUUCAAUACCUUGACUUUUGAAAUGCGUGAAAUUUGACUUUCACACUUAUUUUGCUUUUUGUGUGUAAUAUCCCACAGUACUAACUUUACUUUUGAAGGAAAUGGCUCAAAUGGAUUAAUGUAGAUUUGGCUGAAUAAAUUGUUCAUUAAAAAGCACAACUUUGUUAUAUAUUGUAAUAUUCAUUACCAAUAACAGCUACUAAGCUGUUUAUACCGUGAGUGGAAUAUGAAAGGAGAGUUAUGUUAUGAAUUUAGUUGAAUUAAAACAAUAUACGAAAUGGUAUUCAAAGACAAAG